AUGCUUGAAUCGGCCAAAAUCACUCAAGAUCAAGAAUUGAAAUUCAAAUGUAACAGAUUUUCGGUUGAACAAUUUUCAAUUCUCCUCAUGGGUGACAAAAUCUUGAAUGCUGACCUCAAACCGAUUGCACGCAAGCCAGGACAACAAUUAUUUGCAUUGGAUUGUGCAACCAUUGCGAAUUGUAAUGGGGUGUGUCAAAUUUGUCACAAUUUAAAGUCAAAUCUUGAUGAAAUCAUUAAUGAAAAAGCAUCAAUUAUUGAAAAAGUCAAAAAUGGAGAAUUGCCAAAGCCUAAACAAGUGCUUCAAAAUCCGUUGUUAAUGUAUGAAUUAUUGAAUAUUGUUUUACCACACGUUUCCAUUAAUGAUCAAGAAAAGAAUAUCUUCCAACUCUUUCGAAAUGCAAAUCAUGCAUAUGAAUUAAAUUGGAAGAAAGAAGAAAAAUCUGUUGACGAACAAUCUACAAAGAAACCUAAAUGUGACCAUUUUGUUCCACCUCAAUAUGCUCGUCCUAAUCUUCCUUCCUAUAAACCCUUCCAAGAAACAUUUUUCAUGAAAUUCAUACUGAAUCAAUUACGUAAUUACAACAGAGAUCCACAUCACCAUGAAUAUUCUGAAGAGAAAAAACGGUUUUGGUUGGUGACAAAGUAUUUUUGUGUAAACAAUUCUUCUUGA